UGAGAUCUCUCACCUAUAGACUGACAAUAAUAAUAUAAAAAGAAUUUAGGACAGAUCUCCCAUCUUGGUCAUAAAUGUGUCAAAAAAUGAUUAGAGCUGUGAGUGAAUAUGUCUGAGGGUAACUGAUCAUGAUAUCUUUCUUAGGCCUAUUCAAGCAGGAAGAACUGCUUAUGUGUCACCUGUUGGGUUCUGACAUUGUUUUGUAAUGUCAACAAGAAUAUUUAUCAGUCUACUUUGGUAACAGUUGACCUGGCGUCUCUGGGUGGAUGUAUUAAAAGGCGGGGUUGUGAGUUUGCCAAUGAAUGAAUACUAGGAGUAACGAGCCAGUAGGACAACAACAAACAUGACAGAGAAUGGAGCAAACUUGGAGUCAAGCUGUAUCGAUAACAAGGGAUUCACAGGAGAUGACGGUGAUAAACCCGCGUUGCGGCAGCGACAAGGUGUGUCUGAGUCCAACUCCACAGCUUCCCUUGCCAAGCAGGAUGAGCUAGCCAAUGAGGUGGAGGUCGUUGAGGAAUUGUCCCUGAAGAGGAAGGUUGGCCUGAUCAGUGGUAUCUCCCUGAUUGUUGGGACCAUGAUUGGAUCUGGUAUCUUCAUUUCCCCCAAAGGUGUCCUUGGUAAUACUGGUUCCAUCGGAGCCAGCCUGUGUGUGUGGGCGGGAUGCGGGCUCAUAUCGAUGUUAGGAGCUGUCUGUUAUGCAGAACUUGGCCUGAUUGUGAAAGAAGCUGGUGCUGAAUACGCCUACCUGAUCGCAGGCUUUGGAAAAUUGCACCGUUUUGUGGGACCAAUCCCAGGGUUCCUGGUUGCGUGGAUAUCUGUCCUCGUCCUCAAACCUUCCUCCUUCGCCAUCAUCGCCUUAGCCUUUGCCGAAUAUGUGUCGGAACCCUUCUUCGAUGCAUGUGGACCUCCAGUCUUUAUUAAGAAGGUCAUCACAGCUGCUUGCAUUUUGACUGUGACCAUGGUGAACUGCUACAGUGUCAAAUUGGCAGCACGCGUUCAGGUGAUAUUUACAUUUGCCAAACUAUCAGCUCUUCUCAUCAUCAUCAUUGGAGGAUUUGUGAGACUUGGACAGGGUUACACCGAGAACUUCACCGUGGAGAACGCCUUCUCCAACACGGAGAAAGAUGGCUCACUGUUUGCACUGGCUUUCUACAAUGGACUCUGGGCAUAUGAUGGCUGGAACAACCUCAACUAUGUCACGGAGGAAAUCCAAAAUCCAAAAAGGAAUCUUCCCCUUGCGAUCAUGAUAGCCAUUCCCCUGGUGACAAUUUUCUAUCUGCUUGUCAAUAUCUCCUACUUCACUGUGAUGUCUGCCCCACAGCUCAUGGCGUCGUCUGCUGUUGCCGUGACGUGGGGUAAUACCGUCCUUGGCUCAGCAUCAUUCAUCAUUCCAAUAUCUGUGGCCCUGUCAACGUUUGGUGCUUGCAACGGUAGUGCAUUCUCUGGUGCAAGAUUGUGUUUUGCUGCCGCCAGAGAAGGCCAUUUGCCCGGACUCCUCAGUAUGGUACAUGUUGGUUCCUACACACCACUGACAGCUCUCAUCUUCAAUGGAGUAGUGGCACUACUCAUGAUCAUCCCCGGAGACAUCGCCUCACUUAUCGACUUCUUCAGCUUCACCGCCUGGUUGUUUUAUGGCUUGACAUUCUUGGCUCUGAUCGUGAUGAGAUUCACACAUAAGGAUGCGCCGCGUCCACUCAAGAUUCCGAUUGUGUUUCCAUUCAUCGCUCUGUUUAUCGCCAUGUACCUUGUGAUUGGUCCAAUCAUCAACCAACCACAGAUGGAGUUCCUUUAUGCCUUCAUAUUCCUCGUUGCCGGCCUCAUCUUCUAUGUCCCCUUUGUCUAUUUCGAAGUUCGGAUACCCGGAGUAGACGCCGUUACCCUCUUCUUUCAACUUUUCAUGGAAGUCUCCCCAACAGAAACCAUACCUGAUGAGUAAAACAUACUUCUAAAGUCAACCAACAUGAUUCUGCGGGGAAUAGUUGGCUGGAGCUAGAAUGUCCUGCAGUAUAUUAAGACACAAUAAUAAUAAGAAAGACUUAGUCCGUCCAUCAGUGAAAAUAAUAAUGAUAUCGAGUUCUUGUAUAGCGCUUUUCCAUGUUUACCUGAUCAAAGUGCUUUUGGGAUAUCAUAUUAUUACCCCGGUCUCCACAGAAAUAAAUCAGGGGUUUCAAGGAGCAAGCAGAAGGCGCUCACUUGAACUCGACCAGUAGGGGAACUAAGUGACUUUGGGGACCUAUUUCAAAGGGCUCAUGCUGGCUGUGUGGCUGGAUGGACCAAGUACUAUUGAGUUGCUGGAUAUGGUCAGGGUGUAGCUUGGGGUUUAUUCCAACCUUAUCUGAUGACUGACCUGUUCAAGUAGCGCACACAGGACUUCUCAUGCUGACCAGAGUGAACUACAAAAGUUAAUGAAAAAUAUACAUAAUUGUUUGUCUGUUAAAGGUAAAGUGUACCUCUCUUUUAUAACUUACGGGCUAUGUCAAUGUAGCAGGACAGAAGGUACAGAUAUAUGAAUGUAAUUAUGCUAUUAAGCUUGCUUUUUCAAUGUUGACAAUUUUACCUUUGUCCUUUCGUGCAACAUUCCAGAAUGACUUAUGCAUUCCGUCGAUGUGUUUAUUCAAAUAAUGAAUAUGUCUUAUGAACAGUAUUAAACUUGUUUUUUGUAGAUGUAUAUUUUUAGUGAUUGAGACAACUUGCAGAUGAAGUGUUUGGAGUAUUUCACCAUUUCCAAUAAAAAAAAAAUGUCCACUGGUGGAUCUAGACCGGGAGGUUGGCGCUACGAGUUGGGCCCAAAUCUGAUAUGCUUUGGGCCCGAGUUUGAGCUACACUUCACUGUGCGAUGUUAAUUUCAGUUUUGUCACACAAAACAUGGCAAAAAUUCGUCGGUCCUCGAAUUGAGACUGCUCUCACAAAAAUGAGGUGCUACAUAUUUUUCAUAAUGUACAUUCCAAAAAUUUUGUGGUCAUCUGUGAGCAACUUGUAGAGAUAUUUUCCUUUGCGUAUUUUACAAUUUAUUUUGUAUAUACUGGAUUGAUGCUAUGUCUAUCAAAUAUCUUUUCGAUAGAGUUUUUGAGCUGCAGUAAAACUAAGGUUUACACAUACAUCAUUUAAGAUGCAUAAUAAAUUAUUUACUGUA